CACAUUUUAUUUAGCAGUCGAGUAAUGUAUACAAAAUAAGCGGCGGCUAUUUUUUGUUAUUUUAAUGAAACACAGUGGAUUGCGAUGAGCACGAACGUAGUUGUGAGCAUGGAGGAGAAGGCGCUGACCGACGACCUGCCCUACUUUCCGGAGAAGUAUCCGGGCAAGAUGUGCUGUUUAUGCAACCUGGGGGAGAAGAGUGCCUUGGGCCAGGGUGAGAUUCUGCAGCUGAAGGCGCCCUCCGCCACCGAAAUGAAGGAUAAAUAUCCAAUGGAUCGGCUGGCGGAGGACGGUAGCAGGCUGUUCUACGGCCAGAAGCAGGUCUCCCUGCCCGCGGGCGAUUGCCACUACGAGCUGGACAAGAUCGGACAGCCGGAGGUGGUGCAUCCCGCCGAGUUCCUCGAGGACGGAUUUCUCUACGUGCACCGCAUGUGCAUCAUGUGGUCACUGCGCAAGAGCCAGCUGAGCGAGGCGGAUGCCACGUACUUUGCCAGCCACUUUGCGGAGUUCCUGGAGCAGAAGUGCAACUUUUGCGGCCGCCACGGGGCCUCCAUCAACUGCAAGAUGAACUGCCGCCAGGUGCACCACUGGCCAUGUGCGGCUGCCGCCGGCUGCCUCCUCAUCUUGGAGAGCUUCACUGUCUUCUGCACGGAGCACUUGAGCCAAGUGCCUGUGAUAUGCAGCGACAAUAACGUGGAGUGCCUGACCUGCUCCUCGCUGGGGGACCUGUCCAAACUGAUCAUGUGUAGUACCUGCGGAGACCACUUCCAUUCCACCUGCAUUGGGCUGGCCAAUCUGCCAGACACUCGUUCUGGCUGGAACUGCGCCCGCUGCACCAAGUGCCAGAUUUGUCGUCAGCAGGACUCGAACGACACCAAGUACGUCAAGUGUGAGCAGUGCCAGAAGAUCUACCAUGCCUCUUGCCUGCGACCUGUUAUCUCAGCGAUUCCAAAAUACGGCUGGAAGUGCAAUCGCUGUCGCGUCUGCACGGAUUGCGGAUCGAGAACUCCUGGCGGCGGCAGUUCCUCCCGCUGGCACAGCCACUACACAAUCUGCGAUUCGUGUUAUCAGCAGCGUAACAAGGGUUUCUCCUGCCCCAUUUGCCAGAAGGCUUACCGAGCAGCCUCCCACAAGGAAAUGGUCAAGUGUAGCUGGUGCCACAAAUUUGUGCACAGCACGUGUGACGAAGAGGCGGAUCUAACGGCCUACCACAAGAAAAAGGAGCAGAAUCCCGACUACGAUUACGUGUGCCCCAACUGCAAAAGUAAUUCUUCGGGUGCGGGGCAAUCGCAACAGGCAAUCGACUCGAUCGUCUUGUCCACCAUGGAUUCGUCGUCAGAGCAACUGAGUGUCAAAGAAAUGGAGCUCGACCCGCUGGAGGGCAAACCCACAAUGGAUCCGUUCGGCGAUGAACUGCAGAAGCUGCCCGCGGGCAAGAAAAAAGUGUGCCUUUCGAAUGUGCGCGGCAAGAGCGGCAAGUUUGUGCUGCACCGCAUGGGCGUCAUGUCGCAGAUCAGCAAGAAGCGCGGCACGCGGGGCAAGGGACGCCAACUGGUGCUGCCCAGCAUCUCCAGCGAUCGCUGCCUGAAUCGCAGCAUGGACAACGACUUGACCAGCGACAAGAAGAUGCUGCUCUGCUCGGCGCGGGACAAGUUUAUUCAGGCCCAGGAUAUCUGCGUCAUGUGCGGUUCGUUGGGCAUCGAGAGCGAUUCGGUGAUGAUCACAUGCGCCCAGUGCGGCCAAUGCUAUCAUCCGUACUGCGCCGGCGUAAAGCCCUCGCGGGGCAUCCUGCAGAAGGGCUGGCGCUGUCUGGACUGCACGGUGUGCGAGGGAUGUGGCAAGAAGAACGACGAGGCGCGCCUCCUCCUGUGCGACGAGUGCGACAUUUCCUACCACAUCUACUGUGUGAAUCCACCGCUGGAAACUGUGCCCACGGGCAACUGGAAGUGCUCGUUCUGCACGCUGUGCCAGAAGUGCGGCCGCAAUCCGCAAUCCACCGAGAAGAACGAGUUCGGGGACUCCAACCUGCUCGAGUGUCCGCCCUGCACCAGCCAAUCGUCGUGUCCCGUGUGCAAGAACACGUACAGCAACGGCGAGAUGAUCAUCCAGUGCGAGCACUGUGAGCUCUGGUCGCACUUCCUCUGCGACACCAUCAACGCGCAGCUGACCAUCGAUCACUACGACAAUAAUGUGUACAAGUGCUCGAAAUGCCGCUGCUCAACGAGGAGCACACUGUCGCUGAUGGAUGCCAAGUUUGGCAACGAGGAUACGCCGGCCGUUGGACCGCAGUCGAGCAAGGCAUUCGUGCAUAUCACAGCCACCUCCGGACCGGGCUUCGAUGCCAAGAGUGGGGGCCACCUCUCGCUGGCCAACGAUGUGCCCGAGCCGGCCCCCGAGGCCAUCCAUUGGAUUGACGGGGUGUGUCUGAGCGAAAGCGGUCUGGGCAUGAUCAAGUCCCUGUCCACGGAGAUCAAGCGGAAGCGCAAGAUGCGUCAGGCCAUCGGGAAUGGCAAGGACGGAGCGGCGGAGGGCGGCGCUGAGGAGGCGCUCGAGAAGUACAAGGACGGCAUGGUGUGGGAUGGCACGGAGAACGCCAUUCCCGAGGGUUUCACCAUCACCACCAACGACGAGGGAGUGCAUAUCUUGCGUAAAAAGCGCCAGCGGAAUCUGCAGAAGCUGGGCAUCGGUGGCUUCUCCGUUCGCAAUCGAGGCUUGAAAAAGGACAGCGAGGAGACGACGGCCGCUGACCAGUUGAACUCGCUCAUGACCAUGGACAAGAAGAAAAAGAUCAUACGCAAGAAGCAAAAGAACAAGCUAAUCGAAGCCUAUCCUGUCUACCUGCAGGAGGCAUUCUUCGGCAAGCCGCUGCUGGAGGCCGGCGAGUUUGUCAUGGCCGAGUCGGAUUCCUCGGACGAAAUUGAUGCCUCCAUGAAGGUGUACUUCACGCGCCCCGAGGGCAAGAGUCCCGCCCAACAGGAGACCCCUGUGGUGAGCAAGAGUCCUGCAAAAUCGCUGAAGAAGGUCAAGGCUGAGCUUAAAACUGAGAACAAGACGGUUUUCAUUGAACAAAUGCCCAUGGGAAUACAGCAGAAAAGCGCUGUUGCUCCAGUUUCCAACGUUUUCGAUCCUUUACAAACAGAGAUUUCGAAUACUGUGUUUGCCAACAGGCAUCCUUUGGACACUUUGGCUUCACCCAAUAUUCCGGAACUAGACACGGUUAACUCGGUGAAUGCAGUGCCCUCAACUGAAAUUAUUGAAAAGCCAAUGCGGGAAUCACCUGUGGUCUUGGUCGAUAAUUAUAUGGUGCCCAACCAGUUGCCACCGGAUCAAAAGUUCCACAACCAACUAUAUUUGCCUGGAAACAUUGCGGUGAACCCCGCUCAACAGAUUCAUUUCCGUCAGCAGCCCGAUCAUUUGAAGGCACAAAAUGCCAAUAAACAGAAUAUGCAGGCCAUAAUGGGCCAAGUAGUUCUGCAAACCGAAAAGAGACCUGACGAGGAACCCAAGGCCGUGGAACCCGUGGCGGAAAACCUCAAUGCUGGCACCCAGAAGACAGCUGAGAAAAUGCGAAAGGAUGAGGACCUUGGUCUAAUGGCCACCAUUUCCGCUGUACUGUAUGCCAAUACGGAGCAUCCGAACCUUAAGGAGUUGUUCCCCAACUGGAAUGAUCGCUGCAAACAGAUUCUGAAGCGCUGGCGAUCGCUGUGCAACGAGAAGAAGGCUCCGUUUCUGCAAAAAGCAAAGGACAAUCGCUCCGCAUUGCGACAGAGGCGUGAGCAAAACAAAAUCCCCAUGCCACCGAAACCACAAAAGCAAGAGGAGAUGGUUAGAGUGUGGAAACAGCAGCCCAAACUGAAGGAAGACCAGCCGAAUAUGUUUGUCACGUACAAUGGAAAUGCCUAUGACAUGGCCAGCUACGUUGGUGGCCAGGUGCAGCCAACGCCCAAUAACGCCAACCCGCAUCAUGUGAUGCCAAACAUAAACGACAAUUUGGUGAUCAAGGCCACGAUGCAAAGGACUCAAGUGCAAGCGACCACAGCUUCUACCCUGAAGAUGACGCCCGUGGACAGUCGGCUGGAGUUGAACACGGUGUAUGGCAGCGAGCCCAUCGGAGAUAAGAAGCUAAGAAACCUACUGCAAAAGAACAGCACGGAGCCCAUGCUCAUGGGAGCCAAUUCGGACCUGUUCCUACCAAACGAUGUCAUGCGGCUGGGCAUGAUGCAGAAUACCCCCAUCACACAGAACAAUCCGAUGUUGAGCAUUAGCGGAAAAUCCCAGCCAUCCGAUGGCAGGGCCUUGGAGCAGGACGUAAAGAUGACCGAGCCGCAGGAGGCCACUCCUUCUGCCGUCGAGCUGGAGAACGUGGGCUUUAGUGACCUCCUGGGCGGACUGGGCGAGGGCGACGACGAUGAUCUACUCAAAUCGCUCACCUCCGAAAUGGGAGAUGACUUCAAUAUUCUGGAGUAUGCGGACCCGGAACUGGAUGUCAAUGUUCUUAACUCGCUGGAUUUUGAUGACAAUGAGAAGUGCUCUACAUAGAAAAGAAUCACAUAAAUGGAAAUAAAGAUAAUUGCAAUAUUUAAUAAUA